AUGUUUCCAUGUUUCUUGUGUGGUGAAAAACAUAAUGCACGCGAUUUUGAUAAGAUUAAAUUUGAGAAAUGUGAUUUGAAAAGCUCUUGCAGUUCACGGAAUCUGGGGUCACAUGAUGACGAAAUAAAUUUCAGCACUUCCUGUCAUAGUACGCUUCCAACGAAUGAGGUCGAAGGAGCGUCUUCCCCAUCUUCAUUAGCCUUGGAUGUGAGAAAUGUGUGCAAUGAUGAAAAUACAAAAUGUUCAGUACUGAAAUCACAGGUAAAAUCCAGAAAGCCAUGUAUUUUUUGUGGUAAAACAUAUAAAAAAAAUAGCUAUUACUCUGCGACAUCAAUAUGCUCAUCAAAAGACGUUAUUGAAGCUACAAAACAGUAUGCGGAAUUAGUUGGUGAUUCCGAUUUAAUAGAUAGAUUGAGAAACUGUGACAGUUUCUUGUAUCACCACUCUUGUAAGGCUUUGUUAAAAAACAAAUAUAACAAAAAAAUAGAAAAAAAAAUAUCAUCAACCAAGUGGCAUGCAUUACGUCUCAUCCAUAAAGAGGCAUUUGAUUCACUCACAUAUUUUAUUGAACAAAAUAUUUUUAUUGAGAACAAAAUAUUCUAUUUACAAGAUCUGUACUUAAAAUACAAAUCUUCACUUCUUGAAAUCGAUUCUUCCUUCACAAAAAGUGAUUUUAAUUAUUACUUAGCUACCAACUUACAGUACAAAUUGUUAAAAAAAUAUGGUGAUAAUAUUGUUAUAUGUUCUUCAAGUGAUCAAAAUAAGAAAAAAAUAGUUUAUAAGCAGGGAUUAGAUUUGCAUUCCUUUAUCAAUAUUAUACAAUAUUAUACACUUUGGCCAAAAAACAAGUGAUUUUUGGGUUUUUUAGCAUUUGAGUAGGGUUGCCGAGUACUUGUCUGCAUUUGCGAGGUAGCACCCGACAUUUUUUAGA